CCCUUGGAGAAGAGUGAUCCUCCUGCAGAGAUGAUGAAUGGCCAAGGGAGAGUCAGUCCUGGAAGUGCAGCCCCAGCAGAAGAGAGAGACUGCUCCUGGCUGAACAUCUGGGUCUUCCUGAUUUUUGCCCUUGCAAUCAAAGCUGCCAUUGGGAUCUUGUGCCUCUUGUUUAUGCUGCACCUGGCGGUUCCCUUCUGCCGCAGCAGUGACCAGCCCUCAGCCCUGCAGCAGCAGUUCUUGGAGUGGGAGUGCGACUCAGCGGUGCCACAAGGCACAGACCGAGGCUGGAUGUGCUGCCCAAAGGGCUGGAGAAGGUUUCAAGGAAGCUGCUAUUUCCUGUCCACUGACACGAUGUCAUGGGCUGAGAGUGCACAGAACUGCACUGGGAUGGGCUCCCAGCUGGUGGUGAUCACCAGCAAGGCAGAGCAGGAAUUCCUCUCUGAGCAGAUAAGGCAAUCUAAAGAACCGAAACUAGACAAUUUAUACAUUGGACUGUUUGCAGAGAAGUUGGGCCAGUGGCACUGGGUGGACAAGACUCCAUACAAUGUGACAGCAGCGUUCUGGCCAAAAGGAGAACCAAGUGAAGGCUAUGAUGAGAAUUGCGUUAUAAUCUACAGGGAUACUGAACUACCCAACAACUGGAAUAGUGUCAGAUGUUUGAAGUAUCAUCGAAUUUGUGAAGCUGCAGCAGUAAUUGUGUGAUGGAAGUACCUCUGACCUGAGUAAA